AUGAUAGGGAAAUCAAAAUGGUACUUAGUGUUUAUGAUACUAUAUUGGAGUUGCAUGGACGCUUAUGGUUAUCAACUAAUACUAAACAAUAACAGUCCAAUAACUACCGGCUCAACCGUCAUUUUGAAUGCUACAGUUCUCGAUGACAAUGGUUUAUGUGCUAAAGGAAGUCUGUCGUUUAAAUAUGAAGAUGAUGCAUUCCCAAGUCAUAAAUUGGAAAUUAAAAUUAAAAAUUGUGAAGCAAUAUUCCACAUAUCAUUUGACACAACUAUUGGACCUUCAAAUUAUAGAUACAAAGUAGAUGUUUCUGAGGAAUUAAUUCCUUUUAUCUAUCACCCAAUUACCAGUGGUCGCGGCGAGUUCAUUGUUACAGAAAAUUUGAACGGUGUGCUUCAACUUUUUCAAAAUAAUACAAACAUUUCCAAAAAAUUCUCCCACAGACUAUUUAUGUGUCUACUAUGGCCAAUAUUCCUUCAUCUAUGCCUACAACUACACCACAACUACGAAACUACUGUCUACACCAGUAUCCACUACUCAGUCAGUUCAAUUAAGUCUACUUCAUCUAAUACUACUAUUGCUGCUUCCAUAUCUACAUCUACUACCACUGAAGCACCUUCUAAAACUGAUGUUACAUUUUCUCAUCAUAUAAUCAAUUCAACUUUUACUACAGAAUGUCAACAAAAAAAACAUGUAGAAUUGUUAUUAUCUGCAGUUAAAUUAGAAAACCACCAAAAAUAUGGAUAUUUUAGUCGUUCUCUGCUUACCAAGGAUCCAAUAUCAAAUGUUAAGACUCAAGGAAAAGUGUGGAUACAAGAAGGCGAAAUGUUAAAUAUGCUGGUAAAUUGUAAUGGUAGUGGCCCCUUCCGUUAUUGUGCAAGUUAUUCCAAAGGACCUUAUAAUGUAACUGGUAAUGAAUCUUGUACAUGGGACAUUAAUUUAGUACAAUGUCAAAUACAGAUUGCAUACUAUUUCCGUGAGCCUACAAAUUAUACUGUAAUUGUGGUUGUGGCCAAUGAUGUUUCAAAAGUUGUAAUACCUAUUGGAAUUAAUAUUUAUAAAGUAACAAAAGAAACCACAAAUAUCUGUUAUAGUUGUACCAGUAACUUUCAGUUCAAUUGCAGUAAUAAUUGUUGUGUUCGGAAUAGCUUACUACUUUCAAAAUAG